UUUUAUUUUUGUGAUAUCUACUAUUUUAAUUUAUAAUCUUAGUUAAUUUAAAUUUAUUAAUUAUAUUUAAAAAAAAAUAUUAAAAACAAUUAUGGAUAGAACAAUGUAUGGUAAAUAUGAUCCAGCUGCUAGACAGCCAUACAGAUGUGUCAGAGAGAAAGGAAUAUCACCUGGUUAUGCCCUUCUUGCUGAUUUACAAAACAGUGUCCCUGGUCAUUUAAAUUCAUCAUCAACAAUUCAUACAACUUAUCAAAGUGGCGGUGGUCCAGCAGGAGGUGGUGGUGGAGGUUAUGGAAGUUUAAAAGGGAAAAAUACACCACAAUCGCCAACAGUAAAACAACAUUUUGUUGAACAAACAACUACAAGAACAACAACUAAUCCAGCAUUUAACGGUCAUCAUCAAACUAGUCAUAAUAAUAGUUUUCAUCAUAAUAGUGGCGGUUUAUCAUCACUUUCUAGGAAUCAACCGCGUUCAUCAACACCACAAAAUUCAUCAAAUUUAACAGAAUUGGAUUCUUUAUUAGAAGAUUUGAGCAAUGCUAGAUACAAUGCUAAUUUAGAGAAAAAAAAUGAGCAUAUACAUUCGAAUUAUCCAAAUAAGAAUGUUAUUAGCUCAACAACAUCAUCAGCCUAUAAUACAAUUGAAUCGAAUAAACGGCCUACUGUUGAUAGUCUUCUAGAAGAAUUGUCAAGUGCUUCUAAUAAUCAAAUUUAUGCAGUGCCAAAUGGUGGUUCUACGUCACCAUUACCAAGUGUUCCAGGACGAAAACAUGUCACAAUUACUGUUCGUGAAACUAAAACAGAAAAAUUAACUCCAGUUGCUUCUGGUACUCCAGAAAUACAUGAAGAAGUUAUUCAACAAAGGGAAGCUAUAAGUACAGAUGCAUCACCAGCUGGUCAUCAUCGUGUUUAUGCAUCAUCAGCUACUAAAGAACUUGAUGAUCUUAUGGCAUCUUUAUCUGAUUUUAAGAAUAUCAACACCUUACCAACUUCACAAAUAAUUGAACUACAAUUAAAAAUGAAAGUACAUUACAGACAAGAUAAACCGACUAAAACUUCUGAAAAAGAUGAAAUUGAGAAAAAUAAAAAGAUCAACUCAAGUUCUCAUCACCAUCAAACGGUGACUGAUUACGCAAAACCAAAUAAAGGUGUAUCAAGUGCUUAUCAAACAAUAACUCAAACCGAAGAACAUUUUAUUCGGGAAGAGGACGAUUAUAGACAAGGUGAUCAGUUGGAUUCUAUGCUAGGAAACCUCCAAGCAAAUAUGUCACGUCAAGGAGUUAAUACUGUUCAAAAGGGAUGCUGCAGCGCAUGUGAAAAACCAAUUGUUGGUCAAGUAAUUACCGCAUUAGGUAAAACAUGGCAUCCAGAACAUUUCGUUUGUAAUCAUUGUAAUCAAGAAUUGGGUACACGUAAUUUCUUUGAAAGAGAAGGUUUCCCAUAUUGUGAACCAGAUUAUCAUAAUUUAUUCAGUCCACGUUGUGCAUAUUGUAACGGUGCUAUUUUAGAUAAAUGUGUUACUGCUUUGGAUAAAACUUGGCAUACUGAUCAUUUCUUUUGUGCCCAAUGUGGUCAGCCAUUCGGUGAAGAUGGUUUCCAUGAACGUGAUGGUAAACCAUAUUGUCGUAAUGAUUAUUUUGAAAUGUUUGCACCAAAAUGUAAUGGUUGCAAUCGUGCUAUUAUGGAAAAUUAUAUUUCCGCUUUAAAUUCACAAUGGCAUCCAGAUUGUUUCGUUUGCCGGGAUUGCAAAAAAGCAGUUAAAGGAAAAUCAUUUUAUGCUAUGGAAGGUCAACCUGUGUGUCCUCCAUGUGCUGGUGUUGAAGAAGAAGAAGAAGAGGAAUAAAUUAUUUAAAUUAUUAAAAAAAAAAAUUUUUUUUUUUUUUCAAAAAUUUUCAAAAGAAAAAAUUAAUUUUUUCUAUAAUAAAAAAAUUAUUUGUACGCGAAGAAAAAAAUUUAUUAUUAGACCCCGGUGGUCAUUAUUUAUUUAAUUAAGAACAACAAAAAUGAUAUUAAAAUUUCAAAUAAUCUUUUGUGACCACAACUGACCCUCUUCGGGAAUAAGUUUCGGCAAAUAAAUUUUAAAAUAACAUCAACAGAAGUAAUCAAACAACAAAAUAUAAUAAUUUUAAUACUAUAGCGCAUAAUAAGUCACACACACUUACAAAAUAGCAACAUUAAAUUGAAAAAAUUAAAAACAAAUCCAAUCAAAUAAUAUGGCGAAUGUGUUAAAUGAAAAAAAAACAACAGAAAAAAAAUCAAAAUCUAAGAUAUAAAUACAAAACAAACCGUUAUUAAUAAAUUACACAAUUGGAUGAUGAUGGAAUAUUUCUCUCUUUCUCUAUACACACAACGAAAUCAAAGAAGAAAUGAGAGAAAAACAAAAUAUGCUUCAGAAUAUGCCCCUGUAUUUUGCCCCUUUAUUUUUUAUUUUUCAGCUUAACACAAACAAAACAAAAAAAAAACUUACUGUAAGAAAUGUACUAAAACACACUCUUCUCUCCUAUUUACAGAAAA